AUGGUUCUAACCAAGAUGAAGCAGAUUGCUGAAACCUACAUUGGGUCAGAGGUGAAAGAUGCAGUUGUCACGGUUCCGGCCUACUUCAAUUAUUCGCAGCGUCAGGCCACAAUGGAUGCUGCUGAAAUCGCGCGCCUUAACAUUCUGCGCAUCAUCAACGAACCAACAGCUGCGGCCAUCGCGUAUGAACUUGAUAAUCAUCAUUCCAGCUUGAAAGAAAAGAAGAAGAGGAAUGUGCUUAUUUUUGACCUUGGUGGUGGUACUUUUGAUGUCUCAAUUCUCACCAUAAAAAAGGGUAACAUUGAAGUCCAAGCUACAGCUGGUGAUAGUCACCUUGGUGGGGAAGACUUUGACAAUCGAAUGGUGAACCAUUUUAUUAAUGAAUUCAAGAAGAAACACAAUAGGGAUAUCAGUGAAAAUCCCAAAUCAAUCAGGAGAUUAAGAACAGCUUGUGAGAGAGCUAAGAGGAUCCUUUCUACAGCUUUUGAAACUGUAGUUGAUAUUGAUUGCCUAUUUGAAGGCAUUGAUUUUUCAGCUACUAUAACCCGACCCAAGUUUGAGGAUUUGAACAAAGAUUUAUUCGUCAAGUGCAUGGAGAUAGUGGGAAAAUGUGUGACAGAUGCCAAUAUAAACAAGGAAGCUGUAGAUGAUGUUGUCCUGGUGGGCGGUUCGAGCAGGAUUCCAAAGGUUCAGAGGAUGUUACAAGACUUACUAAACAAGAAGGAGCUUUGCAGAAACAUCAACCCGGAUGAAGCUGUUGCUUACGGUGCAACAAUUCAAGCCGCAAUGUUGAGUGGUCAAGGGAACGAAAAGUUUCAGAAUCUUGUGCUCUCAGAAAUUACACCAUUAUCUUUAGGUGUCGAAACCAAAGGGGAAGUGAUGAAUGUUGUGAUACCUAGGAAUACCAUCAUUCCCGCGAGAGUGACAAAACCAUUCAGCUGUAGCAUCGAUAACAGCUCUUCAGUUCUAGUUAAGGUGUUUGAAGGCGAGAGAGCGAGAACAAGCGACAACUAUUUCCUAGGCAAAUUGGUGCUCGCGGGCGUUCAGAUCGCCCCUAGGGGAGUUCCAAAACUCAACGUCAUAUUUGAUGUGCCAGCCAAUGGUAUUUUGCGCGUAUCCGUGGAGGAUAGUUUCACCGGGACAGAGAAAAGAAUCACUAUCAAGAGUGGCAGAUUGUGUAGAAAUGAGAUUGAUACGAUGAUCGCGGAAGCUAACAAGUUAAAGGCUGAGGAUGAUAAUCACCUGAAGAAGAAUGCAGCAAUGCAGGCCUUCUUGGAGUUUUUGUAUCAAAUGAGGGAUGAUGUAAACAAGAGCCGCAAGAAGAAGAAUGUUGAAGAAGCAAUGAAGAAGGCAUUUGAAUGGUUGGAUGAAAAAGAUGAGCUUGCUGAGGUUCAUGAAUAUGAAGACAAAAAGAAGCAAUUGAUGCGAAUUUGGAAACCAAGUGAUGCCUUGUGGUUGUUGCGAGAAUUGACAUAA